AUGCUGUCACGGCUCUCGCAAAUUUCGAGCAAGUCGCUGCACACUUCUCGAGGGGUUCUCGGCAAUCAGGACACGGUGAAACUCUGGAUUGAUGGACAUGCUGUUGAAUCAAAGACAAACGAAUGGAUAGAUCUCACCAAUCCGGCAACGAAUGAGGUGAUUGCGCGAGUUCCCAAAGCGACCCAAUCGGAAAUGCAAGCAGCCGUCGACUCAUCGAAGAUUGCUUUUGACAAAUGGAGUCGAACAUCAGUUAUUUCGCGUGUCCAAACGAUGUUCAAACUGCAAGAGUUGAUCAAGCGUGACAUGAAGAAAUUGGCCGCCAAUAUCACCAAGGAGCAAGGAAAGACUUUGCCUGAUGCUGAAGGAGACGUGAUGCGAGGACUUCAAGUUGUUGAGCACGCCUGCGGAGUCCCUUCUUUGAUCCAAGGAGAAUCGCUCUCAAAUGUGUCUCGGGAUAUGGACACAAUCUCUUACAGAACUCCUCUUGGUGUAACUGCUGGUAUUUGCCCAUUCAACUUCCCAGCUAUGAUCCCUCUUUGGAUGUUCCCAAUGGCUUUGGCAACAGGAAACACGAUGGUACUAAAGCCUUCAGAGCAAGAUCCUGGAGCGGCAAUGAUGCUUGUGGAAUUGGCCAAGGAAGCCGGCGUGCCUGACGGUUGUGUUAACAUAAUUCAUGGCCAACACGCUGCUGUCAAUUUUAUCUGCGACAAUCCAGACAUUCGAGCUAUCUCCUUUGUUGGUGCUGAUACAGCAGGAAAACACAUUUACGAGAGAGGAGCCAAAACCGGAAAGCGAGUUCAAUCAAAUAUGGGCGCGAAAAAUCACGGUGUUAUCAUGCCCGACGCGAACAAGGAGCAAACGCUUAAUCAAUUAACUGCCGCUGCUUUCGGUGCUGCCGGACAAAGAUGUAUGGCGUUAACGACCGCAAUUCUGGUGGGCGAGGCUCGGCAAUGGCUCCCCGAACUUGUCGAAAAAGCCAAGAAGUUGAAGGUUAAUGCGGGUUGGCAACCAGAUACCGACAUUGGACCCUUGAUCUCAAAGCAAUCCAAGGAUCGCGUGCUUGGCAUCAUCAAAAAAGCAAAUAAGGAGGGAGCCAAAGUACCUCUUGAUGGAUCGAACUGUGUUGUGAAAGGCUUUGAAAAUGGCAACUUUAUUGGGCCAACUAUUAUUUCGAGUGUCAAGUCCAAUAUGGAGUGCUAUAAGGAGGAGAUCUUUGGUCCUGUGUUGGUGGUGAUGGAAGUUGAUACGCUUGAUGAGGCUAUCGAGAUCAUCAAUAAGAACAAAUACGGAAAUGGAACCGCCAUUUUUACUACUAGCGGAAAUACAGCUCGACGAUUCACCCAUGAUGCGGAUGUGGGCCAAGUUGGCAUCAACGUUCCAAUUCCAGUACCUCUUCCGAUGUUCUCAUUCACUGGCUCCCGUGGAUCGUUCCAUGGAGACCUCAACUUCUACGGAAAGGCUGGUGUUCAAUUCUUCACUCAAUGGAAGACAGUCACUCAAUUCUGGCCUGCUGAUGGUGCCCCCGUUGAAGCUCGACCACAAAUGGCAUUCCCUCAACUGAAG